AACCGAGUUGCACGAUUGGGAGGGGUCUUACUUGCUGAGGUAGAACAGCGAGUAUCACAUCAUCCCCUGACCAUUGUCAAGUGAGCUUCUGUCAGAGUCGCCAGCCUCGGAUCGUCCUCGAUCAAACUAGCCACCAUGCACGCUUUCGUUCUUCGUAUUUGUUUGUUUUAUACGUUAUUUACUGUGGCCUUCGCUGCAAUACCAUCAUACAUAAAGGUAUGCAAUCGAAACGAUCCAGAAAUAAAUAAAUGUAUACUUAAUUCAAUUGAGCAACUGCGAAGCAAACUGGUCACAGGAAUUCCAGAAUUAAAUGUUCCAUCAAUCGAACCGCUUAUCCUAAAGCAUAUACGUCUAGCGAGAGGUCCCAACGGUGCGAGACUAGACAUUAAUCUUACGAACAUUCAGGUAUUUGGACCUUCCACGUUUAAAAUCCGAGAUUUAAAAAUUGACCCAAAGACGGUGUCUCUUACCUUUAAAAUCGAUUUCGAUAAGCUCGAUUUUCGGGGAAAGUAUCAGAUAAAUGCGCAAAUUCUGUUGCUCAAAUUGGUUGGAGAAGGAGGUCUUACUGGAAGUUUCCUGGGUUAUCAUAGUGACUGCAUCUUGAAGUCUCACAAAGUCGUUAGAAAUAAUAAGUCGUAUGUGGUCUUUGAAAAAAUGAAAUUUGACAUCACUAUAAAUAAAGCCCAUAUCAAUCUUGACAAUUUAUUUAAUGGCGAUCCAAUUCUCGGACCAGCGAGCAAUGAAGUUUUAAAUGCAAAUAGCGAUUUGUUGGUGGACGAGAUAAAGCCGGUAUUAGAAGAAGCCUUAGCAGACCUAUUUACCGACGUCGCCAACAAGAUCACUGAAGCAUUCACAUAUGAUGAAUUAUUUCCAAAUAAUUAAUCCUUUAUCUGUUGAAUCUCUAUUUUUACUUGAAACUUAAUUUGAUUUAUAUAUUUUAUUUAAAUUACUUUUUGAUUUUUAAAUUAUAAGGACUGCGACACUUUUGAUAAACUUUAAUUAAUAUUUCUGUUCUUAUGUGGUAUGUCUAAUAGUAUUUAAGUGUUAGUAAGUUAUAAUGCACAAAUUGUAUUUAUUAAUAUUUGAUUGCCAUGCAAAUUAUGUCAUAGAAAUCCUGUUUUUGUAAAAGAAAUUGUGAUCUUUAUCUUAAAAAUUUGUAGACUAUUAAUUUUUUAAUUUUAUUUUAUGUUUCAGUAUAAGUGAUUUAAUUAUUGUAUUUUAUACGAUAAUAGAUUAGUACUAAAUUAUUAAUCCCAAAUGAGUUACCAAUAUAUUGGCAAUCAGUAUUAAUUAAGAGUAAUAUGACAUAAGAGUAUCAUAUAAUUUAUAUUUUAUAAGUUAAAAGUGUAUCUCAGGUACCUUACUUUUGAUUUACUAAUCUAAUAAGUCUAAAGAAGAGAGAAAGUUUAGCAUAAAAUUGUAAAAUUAGUAAAAUCGUCAAAUUAAAUCAUUAAAAGUAUUGUGUGUAUGUGCAUAAUACAAUGUACAUACACAUAAAAUGAACAAUAUUUUAUAUCUUAGAAAAAAAGAAAUACUUAAAAACAAGAUUUUAUAAUAAAUUACGUAAAAAUAUACGAAAGAGAGAAUUCCACUAAAUUUAUAUUAAAUUAAAUAUAAUAUCAAAUGAUGAUAUAAUAUCGAGUGAUAUAAUAUCAAAUUUUUACGCAAAAGGAUACACAUUGCACUUUAUUAAGUCUGUUACACGUGCCAAAGUUACGCAAGUAACUACAACUUAAACUUUGUUAAAAUAAGGGAGCAGAAAUGCAAUGCAUUUCUCUGAGAAGAAAUGCUAGUUAUAAUAAUCUGAUGUGAAUUGUUAUUGUAGUUGUUAUGCCCAAUCAUAUAUUACGUUUCAUCGUUGAAUUAAAUACAUUUAUGAUUAUCACAUAUAAA